AUGCAGUCCUUCAUGCUGAACGCCAGCCGAGGUUGCCUCCAGACUUCAUCCACCUGUGAGGAGGUGCUGGCUAACUGCUCCUACGGCUCCUCCAGUCUCUCCCUGCGCUGCUGGUUGCAACUUCUCACCAGGGAGUCUGUCCUCGAGAUGCAGGGAGACACCUCCAGCCUGGCCUCGCGGGUCUCCAUGGCACUGGUCUACAGCAUGGUGUGUGCUCUGGGGCUGGUGGGCAACUCCCUCGCUCUCUACCUGCUCCAUUCCCGCCACCGGCAAAAGCAGUCUUCCAUCAACUGCUUCGUCAUGAGCCUGGCCAUUACCGACCUGCAGUUCACGCUCACGCUCCCAUUCUGGGCAGUGGACACAGCGCUGGAUUUCCGUUGGCCAUUUGGCCGUAUCAUGUGCAAGAUCGUGAGCUCAGUGACCAUGAUGAACAUGUACGCCAGCGUGUUCUUCCUGACUGCCAUGAGCGUGGCGAGGUACUACUCUGUCUCGUCUGCUCUCAAGAUGCGCAGCCGGCGAGCCGCCAACGCCAGCGCCAAGUGGGUGAGCCUGGGCGUGUGGGCAAUGUCUCUCCUGGCCACGCUCCCCCACGCUGUUUACUCCACCAGUGUGCAUGUGUCAGACGAGGAGCUGUGUCUGGUCAAAUUCCCAGAGUCGGGCAGCUGGGACCCUCAGCUGCUCCUGGGCCUGUACCAGCUGCAGAAGGUGCUGCUGGGCUUUUUCCUCCCGCUGGUAGUCAUCACCACCUGCUACCUGCUGCUGCUGCGCUUCGUCCUCAGCCGGAGGAUCGCUGGGGGCACCGGCGGGGUGGACAGUGAGAAGGACCGCCUGAAGCGCCGCUCCAAAGUCACCAAAUCAGUGGCCAUCGUGGUUCUCUCAUUCUUCCUGUGCUGGCUUCCUAACCAGGCCCUCACCCUCUGGGGGGUGCUGAUCAAGUUCGACUUAGUGCCAUUCAGCGUGGCCUUCUACAACGCGCAGGCCUACAUCUUCCCUCUCUCCGUGUGUCUGGCGCACACCAACUCCUGCCUCAACCCCGUCCUCUAUUGCCUCAUCCGCAGGGAGUUCCGAGCCGGUCUCAAGGAGAUCCUGCUGAAGGCCACGCCGUCCUGCUCCAGACUGACUCACCUGCUGCCUUGCAGGAGCAAGGUGGCCGAGGCCCCACCCAUUCUUGUCCUGGUCCAGAUGGAUGCGUGA